AUGACCUCAAAAAGAAACAAAUUGAGCAGAGGCAAGCCAACAUAUUUGUUUCGAGAUGAUGAAUCUAACCACGAUCCAUAUUCUGACGAUGAUGGUGAAUAUGGUUCAGACCACAAUUACGAGCCCGCUGAUGAAGGUGAAGAUAGCAGCAGUGACUACAGUGAAAUUUUCGAUGUUCAUAGAAGUCGCUUUGAACGGAAUAGACAAAGAAUUGGGUCUGAAAGCGAGAAGUCGUAUCAUAGUUCUGCUGGCGAUCAAAGCGAUAAUGGCGAGCAGUUAGACCAGAAUUCUGUUAAUGAAAGAAGCUUUGAUGAAACCGAACAUUAUUCCGACAUAAGCGAUUGUAGUAUUUUCGAUCACCAUCAAAUUUAA